AUGCGCUCCGCCGCCCCGCUGCUGCUGCUCUCGGCCUGCCUGCUGCUGCCGCUGCUGCUGCCGGCCGCGCCCGGCGCCCGCGGCAGCCAGGAGCCGGCGGCGGGCCCGGCGGCGGCGGCGGUGGUGAACGGCAGCCGCCUGCCCGCCGAGCCGGCCGGCGCGCCCGGCAACCACAGCGGGGCCCAGCUCAGCCCCGUGCCCGCGCUGCUCCGCGACCUCUCCGCGCUGAAGGCCGCCGUCAUCGGGGCCUGCGCCCUCACGGCCGCCCUCAUCGCCUGCCUCCUGCUCCGCGUCUUCAGGUCUGGCAAGAGGAUUAAGAAGACCAGGAAGUACGACAUAAUCACCACUCCAGCCGAGCGGGUAGAAAUGGCUCCUCUGAAUGAAGAAGACGAUGAGGACGAAGACUCAACAGUGUUUGAUGUGAAAUACAGGUAAAGCAGCUCCGUGGAGCGUUGGUGCCCUGCAAGAUGUCAUUCUGCUGUCGAGGGGCCUGCUGAAGCCAUAACUGUGAAAAGGGAGGCUUUCAUCUCUGCAGCGUUACAACCAAACGAAGCCUCACCUCCUCGAGGUGCUGUUUGUACAGCAGGCUAUGGAUCUUCUGACCAAAACGUCACCAUUCGGUUCCCUGGUUUCCAAACUGCUGUGUUAGAAUGACCAGAGUUUCUCUUUGCAAACUCAGCUCUCUCUUGCUUUAGGAGGGCUGCCGUGUCACUAAAGCAUGACAAGAUGGAGCCCUGUGUACUGACUUGCAGCUCAUUAUGGUCUAAAUAAGUUUUGCAGAAGGAGGAAGACAAGAAAGAUUGAACUAAGCUGCCCCAAGGACUUAUCUUCUAAAAUCCUAAUUCAAUACUUCAGUCACUGUUAAACUUUGGUCAUUGUUAAACAGAUCAUGUGUUUAAAACAAAUCAAGAAGUGUAUUUUUUGGGCCUUACAGAGGUGACUUACGACUUUAGGUGGUAAAAAUGUAAGCCAUGCUGAAAUGCCACACUGUAUGUUUAGUGUAGGUUUUUUGGGGGGAGGGGGUGAGAGGUUGACUCAUGUAGAAAAUUUUCUUGACUUGCUACUGAUUUUUUUUUUUUUUUAAACAACAAUUGCACUAAGGUUUCAUGAUGACAUUGUCAUUGUCCCAAGGAGCUCUGAUCAGACCAACUUCAAUAAAUAGGAAGAAUCAGGCAUGCCCUAAACUACAACAAUCUUGGAUUAAAGAAGAUAUAUUUUUGUAAUUUUCUGCCCUUCCACAGGGAGUAAAAACAGUGUUUUGUACUGUCCUGUGCUGACUGUAACUUGUCUACAAUUCAUCUAUAUUAUCUUUUUUCUAAGCAAAAUAAGUCCUCAUGUGGAAUGAUUAGAUUGCAGAAAGAACACCUUAUUUUUCAUGGAAGCUUCAUAUAAGUGAUCUUAAUCUGUAUCAAACUGGAAGUUUUCCCCUACCACCAGCUUCACAAAUCCCGUUUAACUCAAGGAUGCAUUUUUAACCAUCACUCCCUGCUGUGCUUUGUGCUGCAGAGGUCAGAGCUGUGGGCUGACACUAUGAGAAUUAGAUUGCCACAUCUGGAUGGAUUGGGUUUAGGAGACCGCAAGCAUGUACACUUUCCAGGCCAUCAUUAGAAAGGGCAAACCUAACUGGUUUAGUUUCUUUACUUUGUGGUUUUUCUUUAAAGUAACCACAGAUGCAGUUCAGACUUUACUGUUUACUGCACCCCUUAAGACCUUUUAUUUUGGGUUUUUAAGCUGGCUGGAGCCUUGCUUUUCUCGGGGAACGCAUGUUUUCCAAUUGUUUUAGGAUUGUCCCGCUGUUUGCUUGACCCUCUACUAGCCUCCUGCAGUUAACAACCCCUCAAGGAGACUGCAGAGUUUCUGGCAAAGCACCAGCCUUGCAGUUUGCUGCCGGUUCUAGAGGGUUGUUUUUUUUUUUUGAAGACCUGUUGGGAUUUGAGGCUUGCUGAGAACACUGAACUGCUUUGUCAUGAUACUGCGACCCACUCCGGUUCUGCGUGGUUCCCUUGGGCCCUGCAGUCAGUAAAAGGAGGUGAAGGGGAUUUUUCUUUUUUUUGUUCCCAGCAGCCUUGCGGUUUCAUCAAAGCAGCUCCCAUAACACAGCUUGCUUUCCCUAGCCGUGACUCAGCAAAGGCUUUGCAAACAGCUCACUCAGCCUAGAUGGAAAAAUCCCACAGCAGACUGUUGUAUUAGUAUUAGUCAUCAAGGCAAUAUAAAAAUGCUGUGUUAUUUUCACUCAUGGAAUGAGUUUGAGUCAUUCCGUAUUACCGUUACUAAGCAAUAUUUAACAUGUCAGCUGCGAGGUGAGGAUGGGGCCGAGCAGGUUGUGUUCUGGCUGGUAGGAAUCGCAGGGACCGGUAGGUUGAAUGAUGCUGCGGGUUGAGAGAAGAUCUGGGGCUCUUUCCCUGUCUAGGUAAAACAGGUUUCAGACUUAGGCUGGAUGAUUCUGAAGGAAGUAUUGUGUCUCUUCAGGACUAAAGUACUUUGAAGGCUGGGAAUUGAACUUCUUAGGCAGACUGAGUCCUUUUGAAGUCAGAGAAGUGGCGAUGCUGAGAGGAGAGAGAGAGAGGUUAAAAGCUUCUGUUUGCAUUUGCGGAAGGAGGCGAUAGAAUGAGUUGUCUGCCCUGUCUGAGCAGAUGUCAUGGCAACAUGUUCAUGUCCGCUCUUCUGCCAAACUUGUUAAGCUGAGCAUCAGGCACUCUGGAUGAGUGGUGGAGAGGGAAUGAAACCUCUUUGCACAAAAGAAAGGUGACACCAAGUUACAUAGGAGAGAGGAAAAGGUGCAUAAAGGACCCUUCUCCUUUCCAAGGGUCAGUCAGUUCUUGAAAUCAGGAGUUUUUCCAACAACUUCAGGUCACUUGCUGAGUUAGGCUGGCAAAGGCCAUCCACUCCCCUUGCUUGUGGCUAAAAAAUCCCACCGUUUCCAUGAGGUGGCCAAAUCUCAAUGGUGCACAGGGACCAGGUGUUUAAGAUGUUGAAGAUGGAGGUGCUCAACUGCUGCUGGGAUGCUCUGGCUCCUCGGGGAGGUCCCAAACCGUGUGCCAUAAGCUAAAACGUGCUUAUAGGGAAGCAGCAGCUUCUUGGUGGAAAUAAAAGGCCAACCUCACCAGUUGCUCAUGGUCAUGAAAAUAAUCCGAAUGCUUUGUUUGAUACUCAGUUGCUGUUGCAAACGUGAGGCAAUGUUUACCUCUACAAAAAUUGCUGUAUGUGAUUUAAAGUGUCUGGUUAAAUAUUCUAUAGCUAUAUUUAGUUAAGAUUUUAAGAGCACUUGACGUGACUCAUCUAAUAGUAUAUAUAUGAAUAUUUUUUUAAUGGUAGGAAUUAGUUUAAAACAUAGUUUUAAUAAUUUGAACUGUUUGGUUCAGGUAGUUGUAGGAGUUCAUCGGAGAAGAAAUAGCCAUUAACCACUACAUGAGUGUUUUACCUUAAUGUUCUGUGUAUCUUACACUGCAGAUUGAAUCUGAUUGUGACUGUAAUGUGUCUUAGUAUCUGCUGCUAUUUUGUGUUGCAUAGUCAAACUUGCUUUGUUCAAGAGCAUUUUUAAAGGCAUAUUUUUUUGUUACAGAAAAUGAAAAGAGAAAUGUUAUUACAGAUGUCUGCCUGUAGCUCACUCACUGCUUACAAAAUCUACCGACUAGUAGCAGAGUCAAACAGAGCAAGCAAAUUAGAGGCUUUCCUAUUUGUGCAUGCUGUGCUGUGGAGGAAAAACCCUGCACAGAAUUGCAGCUUCUUUACUCCAGCCACAGCCCUGUCACUGGAGAUUCCAUUUGAGAAGCCAGGAGUUGGUGUGCCAUGCUUGCCUGCAGAAUUAAGUCAGAAGUACACAGAUAAGUUUGUAUUUGGGGGUUUUUUUUUGCCUUUUCCGCCUGGAAGAUGGUGGAGAUAACUGCAAACGCUUGUUUAGCACACUAACUUGUGCUAUCCUAAUGCUUAUCUUAAGCCCAAACUGACUUGUAGAAGUCUACAAGCACUAAUGCAUUCGAACGUUUUAUUUGUAACUGUUCCCUCUAAUUCACUGUAUGUGGUAUAAUCUCUGCAGGGUGGUGGGCUAUGGUUUUCAUUAAGGGUUUUUUCUUCUGUUAGAUGAGUUUCUGCAGCUGCAGUUUCUGUGUGAGGAGUUACCAGGACCAUGCAUUUUGUUUUGUGCAAUUGCUUGAACUUUUUAAAAAAAAUGUUUAAGAGAAUUUGUCAUUAUGACCAAAGCUUUUAAAGAAAAAAUUGAUGAGUUUGAAUGGACUUCUCAUGUUUCAGUAGAAACUGCCAUCAUUAAACAUGUUCUUGAAAUC